UCUCCCCCCUGGAAAGUGGAAACCCCCUCCUUUCUCUUGUUCUUCUGGCCGGAAACAAUGGUGGUCUCGAAGCCCAAGAAGCCCCAGCGAACUCCCGAGGAUGUAGACAUUUUGAAAUCCGAUGUUGCAUCUUUCGCGUCCUCCCUUGGUCUCGCCGCCGGCGACGGUACCUUCGGCGGCUCUGGUUUCGAUGACUCCGAUUUCCGCAAGUCCGGUCCUAUCAAGCCCCAACAAUCUGGGAAAAAUCUUGAGAAAUCCACCGAUCUCAAUCAGAAAUCCGAGGAAAAUCAUGACAUCCCAAGGCCGAAGCCUAAGCCCCAUCCUUUAGAUGUCGGCCCGUUUACGAAUUCAGAGAAGAAGGAUUUGCCUAAGCUUCCGCUGAUGAAGGCCAGCUUGCUUUCCGGGCAGUGGUACAUCGACGCUGAUGAGCUUGAAAUUAAGGUUCUUGGGGAGGAAGGGAGGAGGAAAGUUCCCGCCUUGGGGAUUGACGAGCUGAAGGCAUUGGUUGCCAAGAAGAGAGAGGUUGCAGAGGGGUUGAUGGAGCAGUAUUCGAGGGAUUAUGAUGUGUCAAGGAGGAACAAGGGAGAUAUGAGGCUUCUGGAAGUGACUGCAAGGUCGGGGACUUCAGCGGAUAAGGUUUCGGCUUUCACUUGUCUUGUGGAAGAUAAUCCCAUUGCGAACAUGAGGUCUCUGGAUGCACUCUUAUCAAUGGUGACAUCAAAGGUUGGGAAACGAUAUGCAUUUACUGGCUUUGAAGCUCUAAGAGAGUUGUUCUUAUUGAGGUUACUACCUGACCGGAAAUUGAGAGCCCUGCUGCAACAUCCCUUGGAUGAAUUGCCUGAAACAAAGGAUGGUUUCUCCCUUCUACUUUUCUGGUACUGGGAAGAAUGUCUGAAGCAAAGGUAUGAACGGUUUGUUAUUGCACUUGAAGAAUCCCUAAAGGAUAUGUUACCCAACCUUAAAGACAAAGCGAUGAAGACAGUUUACGUUCUGUUGAAAAGUAAGCCAGAGCAGGAGCGUAAAUUACUUGCUGCUCUUGUUAAUAAAUUAGGGGAUCCAGAGAGAAAGGCAGCAUCUGGUGCUGCAUAUCAUUUGUCAUGCCUUUUAUCUGCCCAUCCAAACAUGAAGGCAGUGGUGAUUGAUGAAGUUGAUUCUUUUAUAUUUCGACCACAUAUAGGUUUGCGAGCAAAAUAUCAAGCUGUAAACUUUUUGAGUCAAAUUUUACUGAGUAGUAAAGGAGAUGGACCCAAGGUAGCAAAACGUCUUUUGGAUGUAUACUUUGCACUUUUCAAGGUGCUGAUUUCAGAUGCUCGUAGUGUUGAUAAUAGAAGUGGUGCGAAAGGUAGUAAGAAGGGAAAUGAAAAAGGGAAACUGAACAAGAAAAAGACUAGCUCGCUUCAUGAUAAUAAAGGACCUAUUGAGUCCAUUGAAAUGGAUUCUCGGCUUCUUUCUGCUCUGCUAACUGGAGUAAACAGAGCGUUUCCAUAUGUCACAAGUGAUGAGGCUGAUGAUAUUUUAGAGGUUCAAAUGCCAAUACUUUUCAAGUUGGUCCAUGCUGAGAAUUUCAAUGUAGGGGUUCAAUCCUUGAUGCUUUUGUAUCAGAUCUCAUCAAGAAAUCAGAUUCUUAGUGACCGGUUUUAUCGUGCAUUGUAUUCAAAACUAUUAACUCCCGCUGCUCUAAAUUCCUCCAAGCCAGAAAUGUUUCUUGGUCUACUGUUCAAAGCUAUGAAGAAUGAUGUAAAUCUGAAACGGGUAUCUGCCUUCUCAAAACGGCUGCUGCAGGUUUCUCUUCAGCGACCUGCUCAAUAUGCUUGUGGAUGUUUAUUCUUACUAUCUGAGGUUCUGAAAGCAAAACCUCCUUUGUGGAGUAUGGCACUACAAAAUGAGUCUGUAGAUGAUGACCUUGAGCACUUUGUGGAUAUCAUAGAAGAGCCUCAGAAUUCUUCAGCCGUUCCUUCAAGUAAAACACCAGGGAGUUCUGGUGCUCAUGCUGCUGCAUUUGAUAGUGUAAAACCUCCAGCGUCUUAUGCUUGUGUUCAUGAUGAUUCCGAUGGAGAAGACCAUGUGAAUGAUGGAACGCAAUUCCAAUCUGGUUAUGCUAACAAAGGACCUGGUCAGGAAUCUUCUGCUGUAGGAUAUGAUCCACGCCAUAGGGAACCUUCUUACUGUAAUGCAGACCGAACGAGUUGGUGGGAGUUAACAACUUUAGCUGCACAUGUACAUCCAUCUGUUGCGACUAUGGCUCGUACUUUACUAUCUGGGGCAACCAUUGUUUACAAUGGUGACCCCUUAAAUGAUCUCUCACUUGGUGCAUUUCUUGACAAGUUCAUGGAGAAGAAACCAAAGGCAAGCCGGAGAGCAGAGGGCAAAUGGCAUGGUGGAUCCCAGAUUGCACCUGCAAAAAAGCUUGACACAAAUCAUCGUUUGAUUGGGGAUGAGAUCCUACAGCUAGCAGAGGAAGAUGUGCCCCCAGAAGAUGUUGUCUUCCAUAGGUUCUACAUGAACAAAACGACUUCAUCUAAGAAGCCCAAGGCAAAGAAGAAGAAGGCUUCAGAGGAUGAAGAUGCUGACGACCUGUUGCCAGACAUCAACGAUGACAGUGAGGAAGAGGAAAUUGAUAACAUGUUGGGCUCUGGAAAAGUUCCCAUGGAUGAUGAAACUGAAGGUUAUGAUUAUGAUGACCUUGACAAAUUUGCUGAUGAUGAUGAUGCUUUACUUGGAAAUGGUAGUGACACAGAAGUCGCAGAUGCUCAUACUCUGGAAAAGCAUCCUAAAGAACAAAUACAUGGGGAUGAUGAAGACGGUGAAGAUUUUGAUGAUGUCUUGGGUGUAGAUAAUGGUGAUAGUGAUGAUGAUGGUGAUGGCGAUGAUGAUGAUGAUGAAAGUAUCAUAGUCAAGAAGUCCAAGCAGGUUGGUAAGAAGCGGAAACACGAGAAAAAAACUCGACCUUCUCCAUUCGCCAGCGCAGAAGAAUUUGAGCAUCUGAUGGCCGAUAAAGAGAAGAAAGCCAGAAAGCUUAAGAAAAAUAAGAAGUCACACUGAGCAUUCUUUGCCGACCUCGUUUGAAUUUGUAUUUCUUGUGUUAAACAGCACAGUUUUGGCCUUGUACACAACUAGACACAUUGUUGCUCUCUUUAUUUAUUGGAAGCUUGUCAUUC